AUGCUCGCUGUCCGCAGACUCCCUCGUCUCUGCUCCAGGCUCCCGACACUGCGUACAAAUGCGACGCUUCAAUCAGCAUCUACCGCAUCUGAUGCGGUAGCAUCGCCGCCACCACCUUCGCCGCAGGUCACGGUCGCGUCAACGGCAGCACUGGCAUCCAGCCAGCAGUCGGCCGGCUUUAAUGCGACGGAUGGUGCACAGCCCAAGGGUAAGGAGCCCCAGAGCGACCAGCCCGCGCGCAAGACACGCAAGCCCGUAAAUCCCAAGGAAUGGAACCGACCUCUAGUCAAGGGCGCUCUGCCUGCGUACGACUUUGCCCUGCAGUAUAUCAGAGAAGACUCGCAGAUGCUGAAAGAGGAGCUGAAGGAGGCAAAGGCAGCCUUGAAGGCCGAGUGCUCAAAAGCAGAAGAGGAGAGAGAUGAAGUGAAGUUGCAGGAGCUGCAGGAGAAGGUCGACAUUCUGGAGAUUCAGAGCGAAAUUAACCUGCCUGGCGUGAGAUGGAAGGCGUACAAUGGACUGGCGGACAUGAAGAAGCCUAUUUACAGGCAUCUCGUCGAGCAAAGAUGGAGAGAGGACGGACCUCUAGAUUUACUGAUGGAGCGUAUCCACCAAAUGAAUGUCGUUCCCGACCUCCUCCCGUCCUUGCACCCUUCGCUGGAUCUCCGCAUCAACUUCCCGGAAGGACCACCGAAAAGCGUCUACCGCCGCUCCCGUAUGAAGCGUCGUUAUACACAUGUUGAGCCAGGUGUGUUCUUGCUGCCCGAACAGACGUGGAGACAACCACGGUUGUACACGACUGUGUUCCACACCGAGCCUCGUCUGUAUACUCUGCUUAUGGUAGAUCUGGAUGUACCGGACCCGGAGAACGAGUCCUUCACCACCUACCUGCACUGGAUGCAGCCUAACCUCUCCCUCUCCGCCUUCUCCCCGUCCCCCAUCCCCCUCUCGACCACACACACGCGCUAUGUCCCCCCGCACCCGCAGCGCGGCACGCCGUACCACCGUUACGUCGUCCUGCUCCUCCCGCAGGCGUCGCCCAGCGAGCGCAUCCACGUGCCCGUCCCAUCGGACGCGCGCCGGCUCGGCUUCGAUCUCCGCACGUUCGCCGCGCAAUACGGGCUCGACGCCAGCGCCGGCGGCGGCGCGCACAUGUGGCGUGAGGUGUGGGACGAGACCGUCUCGAGGAUUCACUCGGACGUCCUGAAAACCGAGGAGCCACGCUACGGUCGCCCUCCGAAGGAGGAUCCUUACGCCGAGCUCAAGAGCUCGAAAAGGUAUAUUUAGCGUAUUGGCAGAUGCUGUCCUCGGUAGACUGCAUGUGUUCCCCUAUAAUGCCACAUUUGUCAUACUUUGGGUGAAUCCCCCAUA